AUGGCAGAACCUGGAGAAAAGCAGAUCUAUCAUGGAAACUGCCAUUGUGGCGCCUUCAAGUUCUCCGUCGCACUUGCACCGAUCAAAAAGGCUGCGGUAUGCAACUGCAGUAUUUGCAGAAGGAAAGGAUAUCUUUUUGCAGUACCUGAAAAGCCAUCUGACUUUAAAGUUGAAAUCGGCGAAAGCGUCCUGAAGACAUACUCUUUUGGCAACGGAGUCGCUGAGCACAAGUUCUGUCCAACAUGUGGCACUGGUGUUCUGGUCGAAGCCGCAAAACUCAACUUCCUAGCCGUCAACGUAAACCUCCAACCAUCCUCUAUCUUUCCCACCAUCUAA